UCAAGCGCUCUUCCAAACAUGGCGGAGCGAACGGGGUUCAGCUCACAGCAGCACCAGCAGCAGUGUUCACUUCGCUGUCUGUGCUGGUGGUUAAUAAACGCAGGGCUGCAGAGAUGAACACGGCUCUAAAGCACUGGAAAGAGGCGGCCACGGUGAUUCUGGUUGCCGGAAUGAAGCGCAGUCCGGCCGCCAGCGUCCCUCACAAGUCCGCCUUCAACUACAGGGUGCUGCUGCUGAAGCGGAGCGGCAAGAGCGGCUUCAUGCCCAACGCUCACGUGUUCCCCGGCGGACUGGCGGAGGCCUCCGACUUCUCCCCCGAGUGGCUGGAUCUGUUCGAGCCCUUCCGGACGCUGCCGAACUUUGGGGUCGGGCUGGUGAAGCAGCCGCCUGAGACCAGGCCCCCCAUGUUCGCCACGGACCGGCUGAAGCUCGGGUCACCGGUACCGGGGGACGUCGCCUUCCGGAUCUGCGCCGUGAGGGAGACCUUCGAAGAGGCGGGGGUGCUGCUGGUCGUCCCUCGUAAGGACGCAGCGGAGCACCGGUCUCGGUCUGUCCCCGCCGCGCUGAGUGAGCUGUGUGACCGGAGCGAGAUGGCCCGGUGGAGAUCUCUGGUGAUCCAGAACUCCUCCAACUUCAUCCACAUGUGCAGAGAGCUGCAGUGCCUCCCCAACAUCUGGGCCAUGCAUGAGUGGGGAAACUGGCUGACCCCCAUCGGACUCCACGGCAAGCAGAGGAGGUACGAUACCGCAUUUUACCUGUGCUGCCUGAAGGACAUCCCGGACACAGUGCAGGACGAGAAGGAAAUCGUUCACUUUGAGUGGUCCACACCGUCUGAAGUACUUCGCAGCUUCCGGGAUAGAGAGGUUUGGAUAGCACCACCUCAGUUCUACGAUCUUGGGCGGAUGAGUAAUUUUCAUUUACUAAGCGACCUUCACGACUUCGCCAAAAGCAGAUCGGUGGAGGGCUGUGAGCAGUGGUUACCUGUUCACUUAGCUGCUACUGACUGCCAUGUAUCACUCUUACCCGGUGACAGCAUGUACCCUGAGACUCCAGACUACACAGGGAAGACGAAGAGCUCUUUACCAUCAGAGAAGUCUUUAGAAGAGCUGCAGAAGGAGAGUCCGAACCUACAUCGUAUUGUAAUCCAUGAUCUAUACACAACCUCUGCAUACGUGAACAUCACACCCAAAUACAGACACCUACCUCCUCUCACCAGCGCAGCCUUGAACAGCCAAUCAAAUCAUGACAGCAAGCUUUAGAUCUGGAUUUAUGAUGGACAGAUUUUAACUUAUACACUAAUGUAAGGGGGUUGUUUGUGAACAUUGUGAAUAUGUAAAUCAUACCACUGUAAAAAAAAAAAAAAAAAAUGUAUUUAGGUCUGUUAUGAUAAUUAUAUCCUGACUUGUCGCACAAUAUAUGGACAUGACAAUAAUAUUUUUUUUAAAACUUUUAUUUAUUUGGGAUUCAGGAAAUGUUCCUACUCCAAUUCACAUCUGAAUGUUUUUAAUAAUUAAAAGUAAUUACUUUAUGAGGGGUUUCCAUUGUAAUUAGUGCCUUAAAACAGUUUUACAAUGUCUAUUAUUAAUAAACACAAUUAUUUUUGGUAAAGUAUACAUUUUCCAUUUGCAACAGGCUUAGUGAUUGCAUUACUAUGCUAUUAUAUUAUGAUCGUAUUAGUGGCAUUUAAUGCUUAAUUAAAAAUUUCACUGUCCAAACAAAACUGGUUAUUGUGACAGGCCUAUAUGUAAUGUCCCAUUUUAUUUAAAUGUGCAUAUCUGCCACUGCCUUUAAAUAAACCUUUGUAAAACAUC